AAUAUUCUUGGUUCCUUGAAGCAUGAGAUUUAUCAUGCAUUGGGGUUUUCUGCUAGUUUGUAUGCAUUUUAUAGAGACAGUGAUGGCCACCAUUAACUGAUAGAUCAGCUGAUGGAAAACCCCCACGUAAUUAUGAAAGCAAUAUGUAUGAAUGGAGUGACAGAGUUGUACAGACUGUUAAAAGAGUAGAUUGGGAUACAAGAAAUGGUCCUGUAGAACACAAUGUACAGAUGUUGGUGACACCUAAAGUAACUAGAGAAGUCCGUCGCCAUUUUGAUUGUGAAUUAUUGGAAGGCAUUGAAAUCGAGAAUCAAGGUGGAAGUGGUUCUGAAUUGUCACAUUUUGAGAAAAGACUUUUAGAAAAUGAAGCAAUGACAGGAAUUCACUCACAAACCAGAGUGUUCUCGCGCAUUUCAUUAGCUCUGAUGGAGGACACAGGAUGGUACGUUUGCAAUUAUGAUAUGGCUGAGCCAUUACUAUGGGGAAAGGAUCUUGGCUGUGAUUUUGUUAAAAAAAGUUGUAAAACAUGGAUUGAUAUACGAAAAAGUCAAGACGAGGAAACUGAACCAUUCUGUGAUACGGUCAGUUCCGUUGAAUUCAAGCUACAGUGUAAUAUAGAUCGAUCAUCGGUAGCUUUGUGCAAUAUACAUAAAUACGACACUGAACUACCCGCUGAAUUCCAAGUAAGGACACCAUUUUAUUUGAGAAUAUUCUUGAUUUCCAGUUCAGUGGGAUUUUUUUUCUUUUUUGUAUUACUUCAUGUCCGCCGUUACCUCUUAAGAGCACUCCUGUCAUACAAGGGAUGGCUAUAUCAGACUCCAAAAAGGGAAUCUUGGAUUACUAUAAUAUGGGGUGGAUUAGUCCGUCUUGUUAGCGGAGGCUCACCGCUUACAUAUAGUUACCAACUUAGUCUGCCAAGACAACAGGUACCCACUAUCUCUGACACAAUAAAGCAAGUGUUGGAAUCUGUGGAGCCUGUCCUACCAGCUGAAAAAGUAGAAGAAAUGAGAAUACAAGCAAAGGAAUUUGAGGCAACUUUAGCACCUAAACUACAAAGAACAUUACAGAUCAAGUCUUGGUGGGCCUCAAAUUAUGUCACAGAAUGGUGGGAGAAGUACAUUUAUCUUAUAAAUAGAUCACCUAUUGCCAUCAAUAGUAAUUAUUAUUGUUUAGAUCAUGCUUAUUGGCAGCCAACAACGAACCAAGUAGCAAGGGCUGCCAGCCAGAUAUGUACAUUGAUGAAAGUGAAGCAAAUGAUACACAGGGAGCAGCUACGUCCAUUGGUGAUUCGUAAUACUAUACCACUUUGUAUGUACCAAUACGAGAGGGCAUUUUCAACUGUUAGAAUUCCUGGUGAAGAAAUGGAUGAACUUGUGCACUAUGAUUCCUCACAGUCGAAGCACAUCGUUGUCAUGCGAAAAGGAGUAUAUUACAAAUUAGACAUGUAUGAUGUCAAAGGUCAACUCUUGUCGCCAAUGACAACAGCAAAGCAACUUGAGUGGCUUAUAAAAGAUGCGGAUACACAACUCGAAUCAGACUCUGUUAAGGAAAGUACAAAAAUAGCAGCACUGACUGCAUGUAAACGAGAUGACUGGGCCAGAGUACGUAAGCAAUAUUUCACACAGGGUAUCAACAAGGAGUCAAUUUCUCUCAUAGACAGAGCUGCUUUCAUGGUUGUCCUGGAAACAAGACAGUAUGAUACGUUUUCCGAGCGUGGGAAGUUUCUGCUGCAUGGAGAUGGUUCAACUAUCUGGUUUGACAAGAACUUCACUAUGGUGUACUUUAGCAAUGGGAAGUGUGGUACCAAUGCUGAGCACUCUUGGGGUGAUGCACCCGUUACAGGACACAUAUUGGAACAUGCCAUGUCUGAAGAAAUUCCUGGUGUACCUUCACAAACUGGUGUUCUGUCUGGGAAAUAUGAUCCCAAUGGUUACUGUUUGCCAUUUGCAUAUUUCGACCAAGCCGCAGUACGACAUCCAUUCCAGCUCCAGUGGGAGGUUACUGAACCCCUUGCUGAGCACAUUAACAAUGCUUUCGCUUUUGCAGUCAAGAAUAACGAUGACCUUGAUUUGUGUGUGAUCAACCAUGAUGAUUAUGGCAAGGGAUUUGUUAAGAAAUGCAAGGUGAGUCCAGAUGCCUACAUACAACUGGCAUUGCAGUUAGCAUAUUAUCGUGAAACUGGUCAUUUCGCUUUGACGUAUGAAUCCUCGAUGACAAGACUGUUCCUACAUGGAAGAACAGAAACUGUACGAUCGGUCACAAAAGAAUCUAGCCUCUUUGUUAAGGCGAUGGAGGAUAACGAUAAGACAUCAGAUGAAAAGAUUCGUCUGAUGAGGCAGGCUGCGGAGGCACAUCAAAAGAUAUAUCGUGAUUGUAUGAGUGGAUAUGGAUGUGAUCGUCAUCUGUUUGCACUGUUUGUUCUCUGUAAAGGACUGGGUCAUGAAAGUGACUUUCUGCACACUGCUUUGACUUUACCAUGGACAUUGUCAACAAGUCAACAACCACAACAGCAAAUGGCUGGUAAUCCUUCAGUUGGUCUGCCAUGUUACAGAGAUAUGGCAUCUCCAGGAGGUGGUUUUGGUCCAGUAUCUGACACUGGGUACGGUGUUUCCUAUAUGAUACCAGAGGACAGCCGCUUUUUCUUUCAUGUGUCAUCAAAAAAGUCAUGCCCACAAACGGAUUCACAAAAGUUUGUAGAUAAAAUCUUCAAGGCUCUUGCUGAUAUGAAGGCUCUAUUUAAAGAUAAAUUUGUGUAAUAAAUAUGAGAUUGAAGAAGACAAGAAAUACAAUUCUGAUUAUUAACUACCAGGUACCUAUGUCAGAAUUCAGGCUAACAGUACUGGGUCAGUGUAAUAUUAUAACUACAUAGCAUUAAAAUUGUUAAACUUAAAAAAGUGACAGCAACUAGAAUUUU